GGCUCACUCUGCUGGUCCAGGAGCCAAGGGGCAGCACAGGCAGCAGGCACUGCCCUAUACAAGGACCACAGGACUGCUCCUCACACUGCCAACUGCAGAGCUGAAAGUGCUCCUCACCUGUCCACUGUAUGCUCCUCACUGGCCAUUUACCCUAUUACCACCCUACAUUGGCAUUGCUUUAAUGCAUCCAGCCUGGAUUUAGUACUGGCACCUUAAGCCUGGAUGCUGACAUCUGCUCUUGACAUUUGACUCUGAUCAGUUGAGGAUGAGACUAUCAAGACUAUUGGAUCUGUGUGGAUGAUAGUAACUUUGUCUUACACCUACAAAGAUGCCAGCCUAGGCAAAGUGCUGAGACUCUACCCACUAUGUAAUCCUCAGUCACCUUGGGCAGGAUCAUGGCACACAGCUCUUGCAAUCUCUGGCUUGGUUGCAGAUGAAGAGUAACUGACCCUUCUCAUUUCAGACUCUUAUGGGGGAAGACAUUUUAUGAAAUGCAGAACUUGUUACCUGUGGUUGCAAAUGGGAUUUUGGAGCAAGUUUGAAGCAGAUAUAGAAAUAAUUGUGUUUGACUGGAAUAAAAUUCUUGCAAAGCCCCUAAGGAUGAGAUUCAAUGCCAAUUCAAUGCUUCUGACUCACUGGCUCAUCUUGGCCUAUGUCUUAAUGGUUUGCUGUAAAAUGUUGUCAGCCUCAAGCCUUAAUUCCCGAGGGCAAACAGGUCAUCAUCAAGUCAAGCAGGGGACAUGUGAGGUGGUCGCAGUCCAUCGAUGCUGUAAUAAAAACCGCAUUGAGGAGAGGUCACAGACGGUGAAGUGCUCUUGUUUCCCAGGGCAGGUAGCCGGCACAACCAGGGCGCAGCCAUCUUGUGUGGAAGCUUCCAUUGUCAUCCAGAAAUGGUGGUGUCACAUGCAGCCGUGCAUGGAAUGGGAGGAUUGUAAAGUUUUGCCGGAUCUCUCAGGCUGGUCCUGCAGCAGCGGAAACAAAAUCAAAACUACCAAGGUAACACGGUAGCAAACAGAAAACCUGGCAACAGAGUGAAGAAUUGUUGCACCUCCCUGACAAUAUGUGCACUCAGUCUCCCUUUUGGACAGCGAGACUUAUCUUUUUAAGAACUGUGCUAACAAACAGAAACAUUUUCACAAUAUUUUUCUUCUCAAACAUGUAUCCAGUGGAGCUUUAAAACAAAAAAAGACCAAAAACUUGAUCAGUUUAAUUUUUGCUGAUAGCAGUGGCUGAGUUUUUAGUGAUCAUAAAGAACCAUGUGGACUUAAUCUCUGGAUCUCAAUUAUCUCUUCAAAUAUUAAGAUGCAAGAAUGCUUCAAUGAAUUUUGGAACCUCAAAGAAAAUGUUAAAAAGGAAACAUUAGACAAUUUAACUGUUUCAGUACGCAAAAUCAUCACUGUAAUAUAUGACAUGAAUGGACAUGGAAUAGACACUCAAAAAUGCAGAAAAUUCACUUUUCGCUAUGGACAUUUGGUUCAACCCGUAUCAUGCUGCAAUUUUCAUUAUUGUGGGCCCAGGAUGGUAAACCCAUAUUUUUUUUUUUUUGUGACAGUUCACUUUGGAUUAUUUAAGGGGGAGAUCCACCCAAAUAAUGAUCUUCUGGUGUUAGAAGACCUCCUCUGUUUUCCAAAACCUCUGAAAAUACAUACCAUGAAAAAGCCAUUAAGAGCUUUGUUUUGUAGUGUUAAAGAUUAUGAGUAAAUUUUAAUGUCUGAGAGGCAUACAAAAGGUAUGCCUCUUAAAGGGGUACUCCACCCCUAGACAUCUCAUCCUAUAUGCAACUGAUAGGGGAUAAGAUGUCUGAUCACAGGGGCCCUGCCACUGGGGACCUCUGCAAUCUCCCUGCUGCACCCGGCGU